AAGGGUUUGACACCAGAAAAGGCGAAAGAGUAUUUGGCUCGGGACGGACCCAACGCACUGACACCGCCUAAGACAACACCCGAAUGGAUCAAGUUUUGCAAGAACCUGUUCGGUGGUUUCGCCAUGUUGCUCUGGAUUGGAGGUGUCCUAUGCUUUGUCGCCUACUCUAUACAGGCCGGCACUUUCGAGGAGCCCCCGGACGACAAUUUAUAUUUAGGAUGUGUUUUGGUAGCGGUGGUUAUGGUGACCGGAAUCUUCUCCUACUAUCAAGAGGCCAAGAGCUCUAAGAUAAUGGAGUCGUUCAAGAAUAUGGUGCCCCAGUACGCGACUGUCAUUAGAGGCGGACAGAAGUACACGUUUCCGGCCGAAGAGUUAGUGGUCGGAGAUCUGGUGGAAGUGAAGGGCGGCGACAGAAUACCAGCCGAUUUGCGUGUUGUGUCGGCUCAGGGAUGCAAAGUCGACAACUCGUGUCUGACGGGCGAGUCUGAGGCUCAGUCGCGAUCGUCGGAAAACAAUUCAGACAAUCCGUUGGAGUCCAAGAAUUUGGCCUUUUUCUCGACCAACUGUGUGGAGGGGACGGCCAGAGGGCUGGUCAUCAACACUGGCGACCGCACUAUUAUGGGUCGAAUCGCGAAUCUGGCCUCCGGUCUAGAGAUGGGCACCACACCGAUCGCCCGCGAGAUCGAGCACUUCAUACACAUCAUCACAGGUGUGGCCAUCUUUCUGGGCAUCACGUUCUUCGUCGUGGCCUUU